AUGGAGCCACUUGGAGUCAUCCCUGAUGGGGAAAUGAGUUGCUUUCGAGGAAUUUUUGCCUCAGAAGAGCAUGAUUACUUGCCACAAUUUCUUGGCCAAAGCUCACUUCUGCCCGGUGAACGUGAUCGAAUGCUUAUCGGAAUAGAAUCUGCAUUUCGCUCUGCUCCUGAAGCUGGGGAAAAUGAGUACAUUUUUAAUUCUUUAGAUGCUCCCAACCCAGAUUUGCGGCUUAUUCCUCAAGCAAGUAGUUUCAAUACUAACUGUAGUGGCGAUGCUUUCUUCGGUGCCAACCCGGGCCAUAUGAACUACUAUCUCAGUGAUCCUAAUCAGGCACUAGCAAAUGAUGCCUGCAUGUUCAUGAAUGUUUGCAUGAUGCAUGAGAAAGACACUGGCACUUUCAUCCCAUCACCGGAAAAUGUUUUGGUGGAAGAAACUGUUAGCUUUAAUGAAGACAGAAUAGGGGACAAAUUGGAGAGUUCUAAUCAAAGUCGAGCUGAGGUCACAGCUUUUGUUGCCGAACAGUUGCGCCUGAAAGGGAAGUUUGAAGUGCCAGAAUUGGAGGCUUCAGCAUCUGAGAACCAGAAGAAGAAACCUCGUUUCUCAAGAGAUGUUCAAAAGAGUAAGAAAAAUGCACAGCUAAAGAAGAACCACAAGGUUUCAGGGAAUGGCUAUGGGGCAGAAGAGACUGAUACAGGAUUACAUGGACUGAGCUGUAGUAGUUACAGCUUAGAGGACGAUAAUGCUUCUCAGGAAAAUAGCGGAGGAGCUUCCUCAGAGUCUAAAUCACUAGUGACUCAAAACACAAAUGGGAAGACCAGGGCCAGUAGGGGAUCAGCAACAGAUCCCCAGAGCCUUUAUGCCAGGAAAAGAAGAGAGAGAAUAAAUGAACGACUGAGAAUCCUACAGAAUCUUGUUCCAAACGGAACAAAGGUUGAUAUAAGCACAAUGCUUGAAGAGGCAGUCCACUACGUGAAAUUUUUGCAGCUCCAAAUUAAGCUUUUAAGUUCUGAUGACCUGUGGAUGUACGCUCCAAUUGCUUAUAAUGGAGUUGACAUUGGAUUGAAUCUCAGCCGCAAGGUUUCUCCACCAACAUGA